AUGUCUGACGCCGGGUACACGUUGAUUUACGAGCCCAACACGGCGGCCAAAUCGUCGGUCAAUGAGUUGAAAACAUUAUUGGAAAAGUCCAAGGAUGACGUGAAAAUCGCCACCAUGAAGCGCAUCAUCAUUGCGGUGCUUAAUGGUGACUCCAUGCCAGACUUGUUGAUGCACAUUAUCCGUUUUGUUAUGCCCUCGAAGAACAAAGAAUUGAAGAAGUUGUUAUAUUUUUACUGGGAGGUUUGUCCGAAGUUGGAUGAGCACGGCAAGAUGAGACAUGAGAUGAUUCUUGUAUGUAAUGCUAUCCAGCACGACUUGCAGCACCCUAAUGAGUAUAUUAGAGGCAACACUUUGCGGUUUUUGUGCAAGUUGAAGGAGCCUGAGUUGUUGGAGACUUUGGUACCUAAUGUGCGCCAGUGUUUGCUCCACCGCCACGCGUACGUGAGAAAGAAUGCCGUUUUCGCUCUUUACUCGAUCUUCAAGGUGUCGGACCACUUGAUUCCUGAUGCUCCAGAGUUGAUUUACGGCUUUUUGGCCGAGGAGUUUGACUCUGUAUGUAAAAGAAACGCAUUUGUUUGUUUGGGCGAAUUGAACAGAGAUGCAACCUUGCAAUACAUCCAGGAGAACAUCUCUGCCAUCGAGACUUUGGAUCCUAUUUUGCAAUUGGCGUUUGUGGAGUUCAUCAGAAAGGAUUCGUCUUCAUCUGCCUCUUUGAAGCUGCAGUAUGCUCAAUUGAUCACUGAAAUUAUCGAGUCCUCCUCAAACGUAGUGGUUUAUGAGUCUGCUGUCACCUUGACUGUUUUGUCCUCGUCUUCUCAAUCUAUUUUGUUGGCUGGUACUAAGUUUGUUGACUUGGCUACUAAGGAGGCUGACAACAAUGUCAAGAUUAUCACUUUGGAACGUAUCAACGAGUUGAACAAACAAUAUCCCGGUGUUUUGCAAAGUUUGUCCUUGGAUAUCUUGGGCGUUUUAUCCACCCAAGACAUUGAUGUUCGUAGGAAGGCUCUUGAUGUGACUCUCCUGCUUGUCACCAGCAGAAACGUCGAGGACGUUGUGAAGUUGUUGAAGAAAGAGUUGCUGAGAUCUUCUACCACCAGUGAAGACAAGAGCUCUGAAUAUAGACAGCUUUUAAUUAACGCGAUUCACCAGCUCGCCAUUAACUUUGGCGAGGUGGCUACCAACGUCAUUGACUUGUUGUUGGAGUCUAUUGGCGAUCUUUCCACGAGUGCCGCCUAUGAUGUCGUGACUUUUGUGAAGGAAGCGGUUGAGAAGUUCCCAGAGUUGAGGGAGCCAAUCAUCCACAAAUUGAUUAAGAGCUUACCUGAUGUCAAAUCGGGUAAAGUUUUCCGAGGUGCAUUGUGGAUCUUGGGUGAGUACUCUGCUGACGAUAGUUCUGUGAAGGAAGCCUGGAAGUUUAUCAGAUCUAGCAUCGGCGAGGUUCCUAUCUUGGCCAGCGAAAAGAAGAACUCAGAGCCUAAGGAUCAAGAAAACGAAGAAAAUGGAGACGACGUGGUCUCCAAGCCUAAGAAGGGCCCAGUCGUCCUUCCAGAUGGUACUUACGCCACAGAGAAUGCUUUGACUGCAGAGGUUAACAAUUACGAAGAUGAAGAUGCAGCUCGUAUUAGAAAACUCAUUUUGGCAGGUGACUUUUACUUGGGUGCCGUUUUGUCUUCUACGUUGGUCAAGCUUGUAUUGAGAUUGACUCAAAUCCAAACUGCCGAGAAGUUUGUGAAUGCAUUGAAAGCAGAGGCAUUGUUGAUUAUGGUGUCUAUUUUGAGAGUGGGAGAAUCUACUUAUGUUUCUAAGAAAAUCGACGAGGAUUCCGCUGACAGAAUCUUGGCCUGCAUCAAGUUCUUGACAGACGACGAAGAUAACCAGUUGAUCGCCCAGGGAUUUUUGGAGGACACUAAGGAUGCAUACAAAGCACAGAUCAUCAGCGAGCAGAAGAAGAAGUCGAAGGCUGAAGCAAAGGACUUCCACGAAAACGCUGAGCAAAUUGACGAUGCGAUUAUUUUCAGACAAUUCGAAAAGAACAAUUCUGCUGCGAAACGCGAUUCCGAUGAUGUCCUUUUGGCUUCUGGUGCCACUGCCAAGACUGAAGAAUUGUCUUCUAGAUUAAACAAGAUAUUGCAGUUGACUGGAUUCUCUGACCCAAUCUAUGCUGAGGCUUACGUAAAGGUACAUCAGUUCGAUGUCACAUUGGAUGUGUUGUUGGUCAACCAGACUACCACCACGUUGAGAAACUUGUCGGUGGAGUUUGCCACUCUUGGUGACUUGAAGGUUGUGGACAAGCCAGCCACAGCUAACAUUGGUCCACAUGGAUUCCACAAAAUUUCCGUCACAGUGAAGGUGACAUCAGCGGACACGGGUGUCGUGUUUGGUAACAUCGUUUACGACGGACAGCAUUCCGACGAGUCUACCAUUGUCAUCUUGAACGAUGUGCAUGUUGACAUCAUGGACUACAUUAAGCCAGCCACAUGUACGGAAAGCGUUUUCCGCAAGAUGUGGAACGAGUUUGAGUGGGAGAACAAGAUCACCAUUAAGUCGCAAAUGGGUUCUUUGAAGGAGUACUUAGAAGAAUUGAUGGCUGGUACAAACAUGAACUGCUUGACGCCUGGUGCCAUUGUUGGAGAGGAGUGCCACUUUUUGGCAGCAAACUUGUAUUCUCGUUCUUCAUUUGGAGAAGAUGCAUUAGCCAAUUUGUGUAUUGAGAAGCAGGCCGAUGGCCCUAUCAUUGGUCAUGUCAGAAUAAGAUCGAAGGGCCAGGGUUUGGCUUUGUCGCUAGGAGACCGGGUUGCAUCUAUUUCGCGUAAGAACAAGGUGUCUGAGGUUUCCAAGGUCUAG